AUGGCCGGCACCAUGCUCGUAGAGCAGCCCAGAUGCAUCACACAGAACCACAUAAACAAGACCAACCUGACGAGGCGGUCGACAGAAACCAGUGCUAUGAAAUCGGUGCUCAGUCGUGAUGAUGAUGUAUCUUCGUCUAGUUCUCCAUCCUUGUCUACACCAGAUGAUGAGGCCGAUUCGCAGCGACGUCUCGCCGUAAGAGGACAAGGAAACUAUAUAUACCUAGGAGAUGGACGCGAAAUACUAGAUGGCAGCGGGGGAGCGGCUGUUGCUUGUCUUGGACAUGGAGUCAAAGAGAUCACUGAUGCAAUGGUUGCUCAGGCUUCUGCUAUUUCCUACAUCCCCUGGGGUUUUAUGGAUAGCCAGAGCCGGCGGGAUUUAAGUAAAUGGAUAUCACAAUAUUCUAAUGGACAUUUUACGAAGACAUGGGUCGUAUCAUCUGGCUCCGAGGCGAUGGAAGGUGCAAUGAAACUUGCUCGGGAGUAUUUUACAUGGAUUGGGCAGCCCCAGCGUGUGAAUUAUAUCGCCAGAGACGAGUCAUAUCAUGGGAUCACAUUGGGUGUACUAGCCUUGGGAGGUCACGUAACGAGAAGGAGUUCGUUUGAACCACUUUUGGUAUCAAAUAUCUAUCGUAUACCUGCGUGUAACCCUUACCGCCAAAGGCUUCCUGGAGAAUCUGACGAAGAGUUUGUCUCUCGUAAGGCAGAAGAGUUGGAUCAGGCGUUCCUGCGGGCUGGUCCAGACAGUGUAGUAGCAUUUGUCGCCGAGCCAGUUGUUGGAGCAGCCGCCGGCUGUUUACCACCCGUCCCUGGCUAUUUCAAGGCUAUGAAAGCUGUAUGUAACAAAUACGGAGCUUUAUUUAUCCUUGAUGAAGUCAUGUGCGGCAUGGGAAGAACAGGCACUCUGUUUGCCUGGGAACAGGAGGGUGUCACCCCUGAUAUACAGGCAGUCGGAAAGGGGCUCGGUGGUGGCUACCAACCAGUCUCGGCCAUACUAGCCAGCGGGAAAAUUACUCAGGCAAUGGAGACCAAGGGUGCCGCCUUCACACAUGGACACACAUAUAUGGACCAUCCCGUCACCUGUGCGGUGGCUCUGCGGGUUCAGCAGAUCAUACAACGCGAUAACCUCCUUCCCAAUGUCCAGGCCCAAGGUCAAUUACUUGAGAAACUACUACGCCAUAAACUACGGAACUACCCCAACGUCGGUGACAUCCGGGGCCGCGGCUUAUUCUGGGGUAUCGAGCUCGUCAAGGAUAGGGACACGAAAGAGCCGUUCGACCCUAAACUUCAGAUUGCACGUCGUGUCCACGAGACGGCUCUAGGUGCCCCUCAUAAUUUGUCACUGUACUUUGGCCAGGGGUGUGCUGGUCAAGGUAGAGGUGAUCAUAUUAUGAUCAUGCCGGCGUAUAACGUCACUCAAGAAGUUGUCGAAACCAUCGUUGACAAGUUCGCGGCUGCACUCACAGAUGUCUUUGGCCAGCCAGAGAAAGAGCGUAAAGCCGAGCAAGACUAA